AUGGCUUUGAUGUUCCCAACUUAUGCCUUCCUGGACUUCAACAAAUCCCCGCUCUCCCAGGAUGACAUUCUUGGCAUUCAGGCCAUCUAUGCUUGUGAUCCUAAUUUGACUCUUUAUGCCACUGCCACCUUCCGCAGAGAAGUAAUUUUCUUUAAAAACAGGAAUCUUUGGAGAACCUACACUGACAUCUCAGAUGUCGACUUUGAAGUCAUUUCUUCGAUCUGGCCAUUUCUGCCCGCUGGCAUUCAAGCUGCAUAUGAGAAUAAUGCGGUUCGGAUCUUAGCGUUCAAAGGCAGCAUCAUGCAGUUCGUUGUGCUGUACACUUUGGGUUUUCUGACCUUUGGCUUUUCUCUCCCAAUGCCCCGUGAAGCAGGAGAAAUAAGUGAGAAACAAUGGAAGGAGGCACAGAACUACCUCAACAAUUUCUACGCAAGUGACACUGAAGAACACGCGAGCAAUUUUGAGGACAAAAUUAAGAAAAUGCAAAGAUUCUUUGGUCUCCGCAUAACAGGGGUCUUGAAUCCAAACAUCAUGGAAAUAAUGAAGCAGCCGAGAUGUGGGCUGCCCGAUAUCGCCCCUUCAGGAUUCACGCUGAUUCCAGGACCGAAGAAAUGGACCUCCAAAAUAGUGACCUACAGGAUUGCGGCUUAUACGAGUCAAUUGCGACGUUCAAGGGUGGAUUUCAUCAUCAAGAGGGCUUUUAAUAUGUGGAGCAGAGUAACUACCUUGUUCUUCAAGAGGGUAUACUGGGGACCGGCUGAUAUUAUCAUCGGUUUUGCGAGAAGAUAUCACGGGGACAACUAUCCCUUUGACGGUCGGGGAAACACCCUUGCUCAUGCGUUUGCCCCGGGGCCAGACCUGGGAGGAGACGCUCACUUCGAUGAAGAUGAAAAGUGGACCGAAGGUUACAAAUCAGGAAUUAACUUGCCCUUUGUGGUCACUCACGAACUCGGCCAUUCUUUGGGACUGGGCCAUUCUUCGAAUCCUAAUGCUGUGAUGUACCCUACCUAUAAUGAAAAUGAGCCAUGGGAUUUCCAGCUGUCCCAGGACGAUAUCAGAGGGAUUCAAAAAUUAUAUGGAAAGAAAAGGAAUGUUUGGGAUGUAUACUACCGAGGAGAAAAUACUCUUUCAUAAGACUAUGUCGCGACUUUCCCAAAAUGUCUCUAAAUUAAAAUGGAAAGGGGAAAAC